ACACAAGAGACCUCAACCCACGAUUCAGAAGAACAAAAAAUACACAAAGGCAAAAAGAGUAAGAGAAAUGGAGAAACAGUUGCAUGAAACCGUGGAGACUGCUCAUGUCGAACGAGGCAUCCGAGAGUCAUCACCCGAAAAAAAGAAAGAAAAAUCCCAUAAACAUAGAGGAAUAUUCCACCUCCACCAUCACUCAAAAGAUGAGAAAGACGAAGACAAGAAGAAAGAGGGAUCAAAGAGAGAGAAGAUAGCUGCAGCCAUGGUUGGUCUUGGAGCCACCCUCAAGAAGAUUAAGCCUAAGGGUCACCACGGAGGCGGUGGAAACGAGGAGGAGGAGGAGGAGGAGGAGGAGGAGGAAGAAGAAGAACAAGAACAAGAGGAGGAGGAGGAGGAGGAAGAAGGAGAUGAUGGUGGGGACGAAGAAGGGGGAGGUAAGUUUAGUGCCUUCAUUUCCAUGAUCGCUGAAGCAUUUGAAGAAUAAGAUUUUAUCUUCUGAUCACUUUGUUGUAUUUCUGAUUUGAACUUGCUAUUACAUAACCAGCGUAGCUGGCCCAGAUGGUCUUGAGGGGAAAUAAAAAACCCCAAUACGGAACAUGCGGGUUCGAUGCGCUGGCCAGACAAUUGGGUAUCUAAUUCCCAAUAGUACCAAAUGGUCCGCCUCGCGCCGAGGGGUUGGCCCCUGGGGGUGGAAGUCCCUCCAGGUUAAUCAAAAAAAAAAAAAAAAAAAAAAAAAACUUGCUAUUACAUUUACCAUUAUCAUUUUUUUCUAUUAUUUCAUAAGUUUUAAAUGUGAUGUUGAAUUACUAAAUGGAGACAAUUAAGUGUUCAUAUGCAUUAGCUAGUCAAUUUCCAACCUUUAAUUUGCAAAAAAAAAAGAAACACUAAACUCAGCUCUUGAGUCAUAAGAGAUCGCAUUUGUAUGAUCUGUAACUUCAAACUUGAAUAUCUGAGCAACCCAAGAUCAUCUCUAAUAGUUUAUCUUAUUUUCACUUUAAAAUAUAGUGAUUCUAUAAUAGAGUUGAGUUAUAGUACUCUAUUUUAAAGUGAAAAAUAGAUUGAUGAACAAAAAAUAAACAAUUUACUCUAUAUAUAGAUAUUUUUUACUUUAU